AUGAAUUCGCACAGAUCAUAAAGUAGGCAAAAAGAGUGUUUAAUAUGCAUGGAAAAAGUGUUAUUCAACAAACAAAAUACUAAUAAAAUAGAAAAAAGCGAAGAAAAAUAAUAACAGGCAAAUAGCAUUUAUGAUAAACUGAUUGAUUGA